AUGAGAGAAUCAAACUUUUCUUUUCCUUCUCAAAACCGUGCGUCUGUCUGUAUUACCUCUGCUCUAUAUGACCGUAGAGCUCUCGACUGCACGGCCAUCUUACCUUUAAUCAAUUCCCUUACACAUCUUACCUAUUUAACGAGCACUUCCCCACGUAUCCGUGAGAUUCUUACGAUGGACGGCGGACUGGAACGUUUGGUUCGUAUACUGAAAACUACUAAAGUGAAUGAUAAAAGAAGUGGUUGGAAAUGGUCUAUGGCAUUUCAAUGUGUUGCGAACGUUGGUGUACGUGGAUCUGAGGCUAUUAGAACGAGGGUUGUGGAUGCUGGUAUGGUACCAGUUAUUAUAACUGUAUUGGACAAUUUUUUAAGGGCACUUGAUCAUGUUAGACUGGAAAAAGAACAACAACAACAGCAGCAAUUACUAGCAGCACAAUUGCUGCCAUCUCAAAAUCCACCUCUAAUUACGAGAUCGCCAUCCCCGCAAAUUCCUCUUACGACCGCUUUUGUUGGAGCUUUAGAAAAUGGUAACGCGUCGAAUAUUAUUCAGAUGUCUGAUGAAUCUGAACAACCUCUAACAUCUUAUCCUCACUCACCUAAUUCAACAUCCAUUUUUCCUUCUGAUUAUCAAACUGACAAUUCUGACAUCUCUCAUGCUGGUUCAUCAAAUAUGCAAUCUGUGAUUUCAACCUCAAAUCCAGCUGCCGCAUCCACGAAUAGGUUUUUAUCAAAUGUUACAACAACUUAUGAUAUAAGAUCGUCAGAUGAUGCAAGGUCAGAUGUAGCAUCCUGGGGUUCGGUUGCAGAUAAUGAAGAAGCUGUUUUAACCACAACCGUACCACAGUUGCCAUCAGCAAUUACUGGCACAAAUGGUACAAAUAUAACUCCGAGUAUACGAACAACUCAAACACCCAAUAAUACACCUCCAACUAAUUCGACUACUCAAUCAACUUUAGAAAUUGACGUUCUUUAUCGUGAAGAAGAUAUUCUCUUAUCACUUCAAUUGCUAGCUUAUCUUUCAAAAUAUCCUCAUUUACGUGCUACAUUCCACAAUGCUUAUCCACCCCAUAAUGUAUUUUCUCUUGUGGAAAAAUUUACUCAUCGUCUUCAUCCUGGAGAAAUUCAAUAUUGGGCUGGUGUUAUUAUGCGCAAUGCUUGUCGUAAAGAUGAAGAUCGCGGUGGAAUCCGUCAGUGUGCUUAUAUGGCUUGUGGCAAGUGGGAGAGUUUUCCAAGAGAAUUUGCAAAAUGUCGGAGGUGUCGUAAAGCUAAAUAUUGUUCCAAAGCUUGUCAAUCCAAAGCAUGGAGUGAAGGACAUCG